AUGGCUGGAUUAUCAUAUUUAGAUCAACAACUUCCUCCAGGAUUUAGAUUUAAUCCAACUGAUGAGGAGUUAAUCGUCCAUUAUCUUCAAAACAAGGUGACUUCGAGGCCUAUGCCGGUCUCCCUCAUCGCAGAUAUCGAUCUCUACAAGUUCGAUCCAUGGGAUCUUCCCUCAAGAGCUUUGUUUGGAGAAAAUGAGUGGUUUUUCUUUAGUCCUAGAGAUCGAAAGUAUCCGAAUGGAGCAAGGCCAAACAGGGCGGCAGCGUCGGGAUACUGGAAGGCGACGGGGACGGACAAACCGAUACUGGCAUCGUGCGGGAACGAGAGCCUUGGGGUGAAGAAGGGGCUGGUCUUUUAUAAGGGGCGCCCGCCCAAGGGCAUCAAGACUGACUGGAUCAUGCAUGAGUACCGCCUGCCGGAUAGUUUAGAGCGUCCUGAAAGGCGCAGUGGAUCCAUGAGACUGGAUGAUUGGGUGUUGUGUAGAGUUCGACAUAAAUUCAAUGCGGCGAAGAAUAUCGCAGAUGAUCGAGAUGCCAUGAGUGCAGAUACAUUAACCGGCUUCUACGAGGUUGGUGAACAGCAAAUUUUACAGAGCAAAGGACCAGACCUGGAUGUUGCCUCCAACAUUUUUCAGAGUAGUUUCCCAGCCUUGGAAUAUAUUCUUGCAUCUGUGGACCCUUUUGAUGCCUGUUCAAACUCUAGUAUGAGCUUUCAAGGCAGUAGCACUAACUCUUUUCUUAGAGGCCCCUCUGAACCAGAAUCUCCAGACAAAAAUGUCCAUAGUCCUCAUAUCCAUAGUCCUCAUAUCCACAGUCCUCAUAUCCACAGUCCUCAAAUCCAUAGUCCUCAUAUCCACAGUCCUCAAAUUCAUAGUCCUCUUAAGAGAUGUAUUCAAAAUGAAUCUCGAGAUGGUAACGUUUAUCCGUUUUCGAAGAAGCUCAAUUUUAGUCCUGAUGCUGGUUUUGGCUUGGCUAGAAAUGAUCAACAAUUUUGUGAUCAGAGUAGCUUCCAUGACCAGAGUAUAUCCAACCCUAUACUUGAGUUCCAACAGCUAUUUGGAUCGAUGUAUACUGGGAAUAAUAUGUAA